AUGAGUGAAUUCGGCACUAGUCGACAUUGUUGGUUAUGGCGAAGUUGUUUUGCAACUGUAAAGCAUAAUAAAAGAAAAAUAAAGAAACAAGAAAAUUUUAAAUCAUAUCAAGAAAAACUUUCUCCAAAUGAUCAUAUGGAUAAUAAACUUUUGCAUACAGUUGAUGAAAAUUCAAAUAUUUUAUAUGAUAUUAAUUUAUCAUCUAAAAAUAAAAUAUCCAAUGAAUAUGAUCAACAUUUAACGUCAAUUACAAAUAAUAAUUUAAUUGAUGAUCAUAGCACACAACAAACAAUUGAUGAUAUUAAUUCAAUAAUAAUAAAUCAAAAAUCAUCAUCAACAAUACGAACAACACAAUUAGAUGUUAUUGUAGAAGAUUCCAAUGAAGAAAAUUCUGAUGAUGGUGAUGAAACAAUACAACCUAUCAGAUUAUGUUAUGAUAGUGAAUUAAUUAAUGAUUGUAAUGAUCUUUAUGAUCGUUUAUUUGAUUUAAGUAAAACAAAUCAUGUUAUAAAACAGUUUAAUGAUGAUGGUUAUUUACUUGAUGAAUUUAUACGUCAAAUAGGUAAAUUAAAAUUAAAAAUAGAUGAUAUUAAACGAGCUAGUGCCGAAAUACCACGUCAUGCAGAAUUACUUGAAGCAAGAUAUUCAACAUUAUUAGCUACUAUGGAAAGUCUUUCAUUAUUAUUAAAAAUUGGUCAAAUUUCGUCAUUUCAUUCGUUUAUUAAUAAACUUAUAUAUUCUAUUGAACAACGAAUAGAACAACUGAAUAAAUAUAUUAAAUUAUCAUCAUCAAUCAAUCUACGUCAACACCGACAAGAUCUAAAUGAUGAUGAUUUUCUGUCAUUUCGUAGUGCACUUUCAUCAUAUGAACAUCUUUUAACAAUGUCGUCAUGA